UGGCAGCUUCGAGAAAAAUAUGGAGAUGUGUUCACAGUGCACCUGGGACCGAGGCCUGUGGUCAUUUUGUGUGGGACAGAGGCCAUUAGGGAGGCCCUGGUGGACCACGCUGAGGCUUUCUCUGGCCGGGGGACAAUUGCUGUGGUUGAGCCUGUCUUUCAGGAGUAUGGUGUGAUCUUUUCCAAUGGGGAACGCUGGAAGGCUCUCCGGCGAUUCUCUCUAGCAACCAUGAGGGACUUUGGGAUGGGGAAGCGAAGUGUGGAGGAGCGGAUUCAGGAGGAGGCCCAAUGUCUGGUGGAAGAGCUGAGGAAAUCCCAGGGGAGGCCUGGAGAACCUGGAGAAGGGGAUUAA